CGAAUAACAUUGGCGACAAAAUGUGCUUAAUAUUAUUACAUGUUUACAUCACGUGAUAAGAAGAAGAGUUGAUACGAUAUCAUAAUACGUUAAAGAUCGCCCGUUAAUCCGGGAACAUGGUGGAUAUCAGUCGAUAACUCUCAGGUUUGGAAAUCAUGGCGAUGUGUAGCGAUUCUAGUGGCUGGGCCAAGGCAGCACUGGUAACUCUUAUAAUAGGCCUGGUUUUACACAUAGCUGGUUGGGCCACGUUAAAUUGGAUGGCCUACAGCACGACAGGCAAUGUGUUAACGUACGAGAUUGGAUUAUGGCAGAUGACGUCAUGCAAUGAUGGCGAUUGUAAAACAGUUAGCCUACCAGAAUCUUUCGUUACGGGGUUAUUUCAAGGAGUUCGUGCUAUGGAGACAUUGACAUUUAUUGGUCUAUUUUUUACGACUAUCCUGUCUGCGGUUUAUGUUAUGGUUGACGCAGCUCGUACUAGAAAAGUUGCUGUUGCUUUGCUCGCCCUUUGUAUUGUUGUUGCCGUAUGUUCAUUUAUUGGGAUGAUUUUGUUUUUGGCUUAUUUUCCUGAUCCUUAUGUGGUGUCAUAUUCUAUGGGACUGACUAUUCUCGCCUUGUUGUUAUUGCUCGUAUCCGGGGCUUUUAUGAUUCCUGACGUCACAGAUUUUAGAGAAAAGGAGCCGUUUUAUUAAAAGACAAAUUUUGUCAUUGGUGACAUGAUCAAAACUAUAAUCUAUUGAUAGAUAAUGUUCUUUUACAUGAAAAAAGAAAACAAAAGAUAUACUAAAUAAUAAUCAGUUUCAUUUCGUUUGUUUGUAGUUGUGCCACAGUGUUGUGUAAAAAUAAGAAAUUUAAACGAAACGGAAUUGUUUUAUAAUUUUUAAUAAGAAGCGGUUAUUUAACAGAUCUGAACGUCUUUGAUUUAGAACGAAAUAAAUUGUUGUGUACAAUUUUAAUUACUGAAGAGAGAAGCGCUGUUCGGUUAUAUUUUGACAUUCAGGUCACAAAUUGUCGACUGUUGAACACACCAUCCGUCAAUUUUUAGUUCACAACAUACCGACAGCAAAUGAGGUUUUCCAUUCAUUAAAAAUUCAGACGUGACACCGUCCCUUGAUGUACGCGUAACAUUUUUUCAAAUUAUAGUAGGGGGUAACGUGUUUAGCCAAACUUACAUUAUUUAUACAGGAUUGUGGAAAUAUUGCUAUUUUCAGUUAUUUAAAGACGCCGUACACUAUCAAUAUAUUAUUUAUGUCUCACUCCCGACCUUUAAAUCACGUAGAAAGCAAAUCAACAUACUUACAUUUUUCAUCAAAACGACAGCGGUCGUCUCCCUUUACCCUUUACCUGAGCUGUUUAUUAUUUAUCACCUGAGUAAUGCAAUAUAAACUGGAAUGGGGUUUAAUGUCCCACUUUUCUGCACCGACUGGUCUAAUGAAGACGGACAUACGACCUACUCUUAUUUCGAAUUUCAACUGUCAAGGAUUCUUUAACGUGCACGCGAAUGAUUUUUCGUCCAUUCCGAACGACUAUACGUUGUUCAGUAAAAAAAAUAACUAUGUACGUAAACAUUAAUAUAGGGGAAAGCAAUAAACCAUGACAGCUUGUAUAUUUACUGUAAUAAGUAUGUAAGUUGUAAAUAUAAUUAAACUUUUAUUGUCCAGCCAUAAAAUAACCAAGUGUAUCUUAAAUAUAAAUCAUAUUGAUUUUUUUACCAGGAA